AUGGAACCACAAUCUCUAUUCCAACAACAACAACAAGUACACCACUGGAUUGGAACAGUGAUGAGGGAUUAUAAUGAUAUGUUUUAUCAUCACAGGUAUUCGGCCCAAGAACAUUCAGUUGCAAGUCAAAUGAUGAAUGGGUUCUAUCAUCCCAAAUGGAACCAUCAUGUAAUAUUCUCAACACAACAAAAUUCUUCAAAUAAUGAUCCAGGAAAUACCAAUUCUACUCUUUCUGUUUCAACAGUGAUGGAUCACUUCCCACCAUGGCUUUCUUUGGUUACUCUCUUGAUUAUUUUCAUCUUUUUUGUUAUUUGUUGCAUUCAAACAUGUGUGUUGCAUCGAAGGAGAAAGAGCACUUCGGGAUAUUCUCAACUCUCUUCAGUGUUUAAAUGGAAAUAUGUGACGAGAUAUGUUUUUUGUUGUUGCUAUGAUUCACAAUCACAGGUUAUUCCUUGGAAUAUUCCUCUUCAAUUUUCAUUUCAGUACUUGAUUGCCUUUUUUGUGGGAACUCUUCAUAGAUUUUUCCUUCAAUACUUUUUUGAAUCAACCUACGAGUAUACAUGUUUUCAUUUCUUGGAUACUCUUGUAAACAAAAUGAGAAGAACUUGCCCCUUAAUUAAUGUGGUUGAUGUUUCAACAUCUGUGGUGGUGAAAUCCACAUAUUUACUCUUACUUGUUUUUUGGCUUGAGCUCACAUUUAAUGCUUCGUACUAUUACAAUCCCAAAAUGUGUAAACGAUUUGAAAGGGUCACUCGAAGAAUUUAUUGGGCAUUUGUUGGAUUAUAUUUCUUUGGAGCAAGCAUUGGAUUUUUGGCCUUCACGAUUACACGUUCAAACAUUUCCUAUUUCUUGACAUCGAUUACUUUAAUAUUUGACAUUUCCAUUCCCAUACUUUUCAUUGUUUUUGGAGGUGUUUUAAGACGACUUGUGACACGUUCGACUGUUUCAUUUCCUGUACUCAUUCAAAAACAUUUGAAACGAGUUUCCAUUAUUAGUAUCAUUUUAGGAUGUUAUUUAUUACUACUUCCAUUGGUGAGAAUUGCUGUACUCGUUUUGAAGAAUUUUGUUUAUGCUUCCAAUGGAUACAAUGCUGUCUCUUCCAUUGUUGAAGUGACUGUUUCCAUCUUAUUCUUCUUCAUUCCGAGUGUGGUGACAUUUGCAAUUGUGAUUGCACCAACAAGCAUUAGUUUUCUUCACAAUGCCAUUACAGAUCGAAAUGCAAGGGUUGUUGCUUACAAAUCCAAUUGGAAAGAAUUUGAGAAGAAAGAUGUCGACAACUCUCCAUCCAUGUUUCAUCAUCAUGAUGUUGAAGGCUAUAUUCAACCUUUGCAAUCUGGAACCUCAAGUGUGUAUCAAGAGAUAUCACUUGAGGAUACUCAACCACCUCAACAACAGCAGUUGAAACAUGGAUAUUGA